AUGUGAGAUCAUCUCAAUGGUAGACGUUGACCCGCUUCCUUGCAUCCUUUCUACAGCGCAGUACAAUACACAAGAAAUCCUACUUCCGAAGGUAUGGAUGCAACGUCAGAAUGUUCGCUGCGGUAUGUUGGUCCGUGUGGCACAUGCCCAGGGGAUUUGUCAAGAUGAGGCAAUUCUGUGUGCGAUACCAUACGACCCAGAGGAACAUAUGCUCGAUAACAUAAAUCAAUGCAUUGUAAACGAUGCUGUUCAACCUGCGAUUAUCCCAAAGUGGCUAGGUGCUCAUUGGUCACCAGAAAGCGAAAACGUCCAAGUGGAUUCGUUGUGGGGACGUAUCUCCGUCAUGGGAGUGAGUGGAAACCCUGCGACUGCACCAUUAGCGUCUGCCAUUACUUUGCGUAAAAUUAGCAGUGAACCGUGGGUGCCCACCAGUCUUGGUCUGGAAAAAAUGCGAACAGAUAUGCAGAUGAACUCGCCGCUGGAGUGCAUAGAUUUUCUGGCGGCCGUUGCAAGAGGAUUGGAUGGGAUGAUGGUAGGAGUACAAAACAUCGUUGGGGUCCCAUUGUUGGGGCGAACGGCGGUAUUUCGCAUCGAGCGUCUCCAAGGAGGUCAUGUCGAUCGCCAAUCGUCUCAAACACACAGCCUAUAUAGUGUGUCUUUAGAUAAAACACGAGUAGAGCUUUUAUCCCCAUUGAUACGACCUCUCGAUGCGCCCAAACCGCAACCUCAAUUUAGCGGAUACCAGGACCAAGCUGAUGAGCUGGCAAGGCUUAUCGACACGGCAUUUUAUCACAAUGAGGCUCAUGAACGGCUACAGAUUUCUCCUGUCCGAGCGAUUUUACUGGCUGGACCACCUGGGGCAGGAAAGUCCUUCUUAAUUGACCAUGUUGUCACCAAUCGAUUGCAGGUUCCAAGCUUUUACUUUCGAGUCACAGAGAAAAUCGUUGCGGAUCGCUCUGCUGAACGGGACGGAAUACCAGCUGCGAAUUUGGUGACUCCUCUCCGCCGGUGCAUCGAGAAAGCGAGAUUGACUUGCCCAGCUGUUGUUGUAAUAGAAGGGAUGGAGAUACUGAAUGAAGAGUUCAAACCGGCAAAUCUCGAUCGUAACGAAGUUGCGUCAUAUAUAGCCAGCGAAAUCAAAAGACUUGGACCGUCCUCUGGCGUUUGUGUUCUCGCAUCUGCAGCUGAACCAGAGAAACUGCCAGGCAUCCUGAAGCGUGGUGAAGUUGGUGCUGGGGGAUUUGAUAGGGUUAUUGAGAUUGGAGUGCCGACCAGAGAGCAGCGGCAAGCAAUAGCUUGUGGACAGCUCGCAAAUAUUCCAUUAUUGAAUGACCCGCAAGUGGAGACACAGUUUGGCAAUACAGUUGUGGAGCGCUAUUCUUAUAAAAUUAGUCAGCACACGGCAGGUUUCGUCGCCAAAGACCUUCACCUUCUCGUGUCGCGGGCAGUUCAGCACGCUAUUUCACGCCUUGCAAUGCCAAAGACACAAGAACAACCCGCUCAUGAGCUUGCAGACACAUUUGCAGCUCUUUCAAUCACAGAGCCGUACCAGGGAUCUGCAUUCGGUGUAAAUUGGGCUCAGGACUUUGCGUACGCUCUUAAGAUUACCGGACCAGUUCGUGUGGGAUUCGAGACAACGAAACCGAAUGUCCGGUGGGACAGUGUGGGAGGAUACAUACAGUUAAAGCAGAGACUCCGCCAGCUAGCCACCUGGCCCUUUGAACGCGCGCACGUCUACGAAAAGCUUGGAGUUCGACCUCCGGCGGGUGUUUUAUUGUAUGGACCCUCUGGCUGUGGCAAGACAAUGCUGGUACAUGCGCUUGCUGCUAGUUCGCCAAUGAACUUUAUAUCGGUGAAGGGGAGUAAUAUUUUCUCAAAAUAUCUUGGGGAAUCCGAGGGGAUGAUCCGAAGGCUGUUUGCGUCAGCAAGAAGACUAGCGCCUUGUUUGUUGUUCAUGGACGAAAUGGAGGCGAUAGGGACAAAGAGAGAAUGGAGCGAUGAAGGUGGAACUGGAGUUAAUGAACGUGUCCUGUCCACGUUGUUAAACGAAAUGGACGGCGUGCAGGAAAGAAAGGGCGUAUUAGUGGUUGCGUGUACCACUCGCCCGGACUUGAUUGAUGAUGCCUUACUUCGACCUGGUCGACUCGAUCAUCACCUCUAUAUACCACUGCCAACCCGUCAAGACCGUCUUGAUAUUCUGGAAACUAUUUCACAGACAGAACUUCAGGCAGUACUGGAGGAUGAUGUCAAUCUGGAAGAAUUAGCGGAUAAGACCGAAGGUUUUACCGGCGCUGAUUUAAAUGUGCUUAUUCGGGAGAGUGGUAUCCAGGCCUUGCGCGUCUCCCCUACCGCAGCAACAAUAUCUUGGAACGACAUACAAAGCGCCUUGACUUCGGUAAUAACAAAUGGCGACACAUCAGACCCAUUCGCUUCAGUAAACAUCGCAGAGGACGAGGAGGCGGAUGUUGGAAGCACCGGAAAGCAAGCUGGAUGGUGGCGACCUAAGUGGAUUGGACCUGAUGAAGUGGCGAGGUUUGAAAAAUUCAGGCAUGGUAGGCAAGAGACUGCAUAGUUAGGAAAAAAACACGAGGUUGAAGCUUCAUUUUCGU